ACAUCACCCUCACAACAUGGCCGCCGUUCAGAUCACGGCCGCGCUGCCGACGCUGCCGGAAGGCUGGACCGCUGAGAAGGACUUCAAGGUUGUUGGACAGCUGUCGGCGCCCACACAGAGAGCCCUCGAGCCUGUGGGCCCUCACUACCUCGCACACGCCCGCAGAAAGCGACACAGGCGCACGUUCUCUGAGGACGAGAAACUCCAAGCCGAGCAGAAUGUGAAAAAGGUCGAGCAGGUGGUCAACGAUGAUAUCGACGAGGUGACGGAUCCUAUGCUACUCAACCGCGAGGCCAAGGACUGGAAGCAGCAAGAUCACUAUGCCAUCAUGGGUCUGUCCAAGUUCAGAUACAAGGCCACCGAAGACCAGAUCAAGCGUGCUCACCGCAAGGCUGUCCUCCUUCACCACCCCGACAAGAAGGCCGCGCAGGGACAGUCCGAAAACGACCAGUUCUUCAAGUGCAUUCAGCGAGCCACCGACAUCCUCCUCGACCCUGUCAAGCGCCGACAAUUCGAUUCCGUCGACGAGGCUGCCGAUAGAGAGCCCCCGAGUAAGAAGGAUGUGCAGAAGAAGGGCUUCUACAAGGCGUGGGCACCUGUCUUUGAGGCCGAAUCUCGCUUCAGCAAGGUGAAGCCUGUGCCCAAACUCGGCAACGAAAGUAGCACAAAGGAGGAAGUCGAGGCAUUUUACAACUUCUGGUACAGCUUCGACUCGUGGCGAUCUUUCGAGUAUCUGGACGAGGAGGUGCCAGAUGACAACGAGAGCCGUGACCAGAAGCGUCACAUGGAGCGCAAGAACAACAAUGCACGAAAAAAGAGAAAGAACGAGGAUGUUCAGCGUCUGCGUGAGCUGGUCGACCAGGCCUUGGCUGCGGACGAGCGCCCGAAGAAGUUCAGACAGGAGAAGAACAAGGACAAGAAUGCGAAGAAGGCUGCUGCCGAGGCCGCUGACAAGGCCGCCAAGGAAGAGGCUCUUCGCAAGAAAGAGGAAGAGGCGGCUGCUGCCAAAGAGAAGGAGGCCAGCGAGAAGGCGGCACGAGAGGACGCGAAGAAGGGCAAGGAGGCAGCAAAGAACGCGGCGAAGAAGAACAAGCGUGUCAUUCGUCAAGCACCCAAGGAUGUCAGCUAUUUUGCCGAUGGCGAGCCCAGCGCAGCGCAGAUUGAUGGCGUGCUGAACGAAGUCGACUCGGUGAUUCUCAAGCUCGAUAACGAAGAGAUUGCAGAGCUUGCUGCUCAGCUCAAUGGUAAGAAGGACAAGACGGCUGUGAAGGGCGUCUUCAGCGCUCAGGUGGAGAAGCUUGUGUCGGCUGGAAAGGCCAAAGAGGGCGAUUACAAGAACUUGGUGUAGAUGGAAUACAGGCAUGCAUCUCGUAGGAGGCGGGCGUUCCGAUAGAAGGAGUCUUGUAUGACCAUAGAUGAACACGAAAAGCGUCAACUGUCAC